AUGACUUUUUUAAUAUUUACAAGUUGUGCCUUGUUAAUAUUUGGGCCAAUAUUUGUAGUAGCUAAUGCUUCAGUUUUGAGUCAAGUUAAAUAUGGUCAUUAUUUUUUAUUCGGGUUUUUAAGUAAUCUAGGAUGGCAGAUUGCUAAACUAUUCAUACUAGGUUCAUUUUAUCCAUUUUUUGAUAUGGAGAUUUAUGAUCCUGUUCAAGAAAUUAUUAAAAUAGUUGGUAUGAUUAGUGAAAUUAUUAUAGUUUAUUUUACAUUAAGGUAUUUGUUAAAGGAAAAGAAUAAAGCCAAUAUUUCAAAGCAUAAAAUUAUAGUUUUAGGGUUUACAUUGGGAUGGUUUACAGUGGGUUCUCUGUUAACGCAGUUUUUGCCAUUAUUCAAUACACUUGGUGUCGAGUUUAAUUGGGUGUACACUUUUAAUGCACUCGAUAAUAAUAUUAAAUUAUUAGAGCAGUUUGCAUUAAACACAUGUAUAUAUUUAUAUAUAGUAAACAAUAACAAAUAUUUAAUCGAAUCCCCAACAACAUCAAAAACAACUAAAAACCAAGAGCAAAAUCAACUUCCAAAGCAAUAUCAAGAUUCAAAGUUAUUAUUAAAUUUAUUAUUAAUAGGCUAUUUGGUUUUUGAGGCUUUUGCAAGUUUUUUCUUCCAUAGGGCCCCUUACCACAGUUUUCUCUUUAUCAAGGCUUUUUAUUCUCUUUUCUUUUUUAAAGUUACAAGGAUAUAA